GAGGACCUGCUGGAUGCACCCAUUCCAAACACGUGGCGUACCAAGUGGUCAUCUCCCUCUCUCUUGCGGGUUAUUGCAGUCUUCUUCUUUUCUUCUUCUUAUUGUUCCAAACGCCUUCUCAGUUAACAUUACGUCGCCAUUGUUGAAUCCUGAUUUUGUAAAAUUUCUAUCCGGUGGUUUGGGUUUCGAAGAUAAAGGAGAUGGAUGAAUUCAGAGAACAGCAAGCGAAGGAAUCAACCGACCAGAAAAAAUUGAAACGGAUUUCAGAUGACAUAAUUCCUCACAUCCUCAACCUAUAUGGGUCCUCUGCAACACCACAAGACUUUGAAAUUUAUGCUCCAAAUGCAACUUUUGAAGAUCCACUUAUGCGUGCUCAUGGUGUGGAGCAGAUCAAAUCAGCAUUUUACUCACUGCCCAAGUUCUUUAGUGAAUCCAAAAUCACUGAAUACAGCAUACAAGAAAAUGCAGUCGGUCCUGGGAAUGGAGAGGUUCUGAUUGACAACAAGCAACAUUAUAAGUUCUUGGGAAAGGAUAUAACUAUGAUCUCACUGAUCAAGCUGAGCAUUGAAGAGGGGAAGGUUGUCCGCCAUGAAGAUUGGUGGGACAAGAGACCACUAUGGAACAGAGAGACAGUGAAGAUGCCGCUGCUUGGCCAACUGGUGGAAACAGCCCGCAGGGGUUCAAUGCUUGCAACUCAUGUUCUGAUGAGAUUUGGAAAGGAUCCAAGCUAGUUAUCAUUCUCCCAAUGAAGUAUGAACAUGCAUAGUAUCUAUCCUUGUGUAUGCACUUAGGCUGCUAUGUUUAAUUCUAAGUUCAUGGAUUUUUCUCUAGUUGUUUCUUUGUCUUAUGUUUAACAUUAUGGAAAAAAAAUCCCCACUAUGCCAGAGCGGGAAUUCAUUCCUACGCCCUCUGGAACUAUCUGAAUGUUCCAUGGAUUGUCAUUAAUAAACUGAUGUCACAUAUGUUCUGAGUUA